CGGUGCUGCGGUCGUUGGUUGGACGGUCCGUCGUCGUCGCAUAAUGUCGCUGAUAGUUUGUAAGUUUUAUAGUUUCGAUCAGUCCACGAAGUACCCUCAGCCUAUCAAUAUCGUUUCCUUCCUUCGCCGGGCUAUCGAAGUGUCUUUUCCGCCUUCCUAGAACUCACCUUACGCAUAAGCAUCGAGUUCCGUUGAAUGCCUUCUUACUUAUACGCGAUGGUUCCGUUCUGAGAAUCCGAUCGGUGAUCGCCAGCACCGAAUAGAUAUGCUGUUGGAUGGUGAUAAUAGCAAGCUGACACAUUGGAUGCUGUGGAUCUCAGUGAGGAUGAGGCUAUUCUUCCCCAAAAAGUUUAAGAAUAAAGUGCAACAGUGAUGUCAGGCAAAAUUAAAAAGAUACCCAAGUGCAACAACAACAACAGUAUGACUAAAGUCAUGGGAAACAAGUGCUACUUAUUAUGAUAUAAGUGUGUGAAUGGAAACAUAUUUUAGUGUUUUUAAAAUAUGAUCAGAGGCUCUAUCUAGUUAAGAAUUUGUUCAUGAUAUUGAAAUUCAACAAUACAUCGUAGUCUGCUUCACACCGUUGAGUUUGUUUUGUUUUUCAUUAUUAAUUUUUCAUUGUCUACAAUUACAUACUGGAUCACUCUCGAGUUUACCCCUGCAGCCAUAACAACGGUAGCGAGUCCGAGGAAGGUGGAGCUAUGUAUAUAUCAUGUGGGAGUGCCGAUAGUACAACUACCAUGGAGCCAGAGACGGGAUAUGUUCCAAAUAAUCCCCUGUUCGGUGUGCCCCUGGACAGCCCCCAGGAAUGUCCAUCUUCUUGCGGUGGGAGUGGUUGUUCUAGCUGCCAGGAGAGUACAUCUCUGCCUUUGCCGGGACUGCACGGAUCGGAUUUCGUCGACUGCGGAAACUGUCUCGACCACAACGGUGCGCUCAGUUCCCAAACGAACCUAGGAAACUACUGGAACGAAGAUAUGAGCACAUUCCCAGGAUUGCCGCCCCUGGAUAUCGACCCACUGCCCAGUCUAUUUCCAUUUUCACCUUGCGGUGCUGCGUACAAGACAGAACGCCCUUCACACGACGUAGCGGAUGUGCUCUUGUCGCUGAAGCACGCAGUUCUCAAGCAAAGUCCGGACCCGCCGCAGGUUCAAGCGCCAUCGCCCAGUUUCGCUCCACCGCAAGCAUCCCUCUCGUACACCGUACACCCCCACCAGAUGCUCCUUUCGCCGGUAAGCCAUCACAGUCACAACUCGCACUACAGCCAAGCUCAAUCUCAGAGUGGAUCGUAUCCCUCGAACUAUUACGAAACGUCUUGUGCACAACAUUCAACGCCAAUCUAUCCGAGCAUGAGUGUGAACGUUAGUAUGAACAUGACAAUGCAUGGUUACGGAGCGGAAGGAACGAUGCCAAUGCAGUGCUCACAGAUGCAAUGGGGACCGCAGGCUCCAUCGUCCUCGGUCAACGUGUUGUAUCCUCCAUUGCUGAGCCCGGUUCCAUACCCAACAGGUGCUACAUACUCGUUCACGGCAGAUUUUAGGCCACAAAAUCAAGCGCAGAACAUAUCGCCAAUACUGGAAUCAUCAAAGAGUUCCAGUCUGCAGUCACACCAUCAAAAAUCGUGCUAUCAACCCAAUGUCGAUUAUUCGCCACCAAAGAGCCCACAGGAAUUCGAACAAACCGAUUUCCAACUAAAAAUGAAAGCGAAGAAAACUCUGGGAAUAAACUUUGAAGAGGAAGACGGAAGUGGCAGCGAUGGCCAAAACGGUGACAACAAACCAAACCUUUGUCGUCUAUGUGGCAAAACGUACGCCAGACCGAGCACGCUAAAAACACAUUUGCGAACACAUUCCGGGGAACGGCCAUACCGCUGUUCAGACUGUAGCAAAAGUUUUAGUCAGGCUGCAAAUCUAGCCGCACACAUUCGAACCCACACGGGACAGAAGCCUUUCCGAUGUCCCAUAUGCGAUAGGCGUUUUUCACAGAGUUCUAGCGUCACAACCCACAUGCGCACUCAUUCCGGGGAACGUCCAUACCGUUGUAGAGCUUGCAAAAAGGCAUUCAGUGAUAGUUCAACGCUUACCAAACAUCUGCGAAUUCAUAGCGGCGAAAAGCCGUACCAGUGUAAACUGUGCUUGCUAAGAUUUUCUCAGUCCGGCAAUCUGAAUCGUCACAUGCGCGUACAUGGAACGAAUGGACAAGCUCUCAUUGCAUGACAGCAAAAACAAACGCAGCAAUCGCCUCCUCAUCCUCCUGGAGUGUUCGCUCAUCCCCACGGCCAGUCUCAGAAUACUCUUCAACAUUAUAGUCGCACAUCGUCAACGUUGAUGGCUGCAUCUGCGCCUUCUUCUGUGGCAGCCGCACCUGGUGGAACUUUAUCUAACGCAGUGAAUGCUUCACACUAUGCGAAUGGCAUACCGUUUUCUAGCGGACCAAACAGUGUCAACAAUUCGUACAACGGCUUCAACUUCAAACCAUUCCCACCGACGCCGCAUCAUCAUCAGCUUUCGUACUUCGAAGAAUAUCAUCACUAUCAACAACAGCGCAACAAAUACGAUGAUAUUAGUUUGUUUAGAAACAACUUUGUAAAUAUAUUUUAAGCAGAUCUUUCGCGUAUCAAUCAUCACAUCAUAGUCUCAGCAAUUUCUGUAUUCCAACUGAUUGUUAUGUGUCAGGCAGAACUACCCGUUAACUCUAGUCAACUUACAACCUAAGAAGGCAAAGGAGGCCUCGUGUAUAAGACAAUGAAGCAGACGAUGACUGGCAGAAAUUGGUUUAUCAAGGUGAAAAAAGAAUUCUGCAGACGGUAGUUAUUGUCGGUAUGUUAAAAUAAAGGUGUAUGAGGUAUGAAACAAUUUGUGUGUGAAUCUGACCAACUUUACUGAAAUAAAAAUACAAUUAUAAUAA